AUGUAUGAGGAAGUUAGUUUUAUCUUAUGGACAAUCUGGAAAGCUAGAUGUGCAAAAACUUCUGAUAAUAAAUCUUUCAGCAGUUAUGAAGCGUCUAACAACAUUAUUCAACAGAUCAAUGAUUGGACCAGAGUCAGCGAUAAUCAAUCUGUUAACAUUACUGUAUCCAAUGGGAUCAGUAAAAUAUGGCAUCCUCCAACAGAUGAUGUCUAUAAAAUAAAUUUUGAUGCUUCACAUAUAAAUAAAAAAAUUUUGUCAGGGUGGGGUCUAAUUUGUAGAGAUUUUGCAGGUAUCAGCUAUGGAUUGCGAGGAGGUGCAUCUCUAGCUGUGGAUCCGGAACAAGCUGAAGCACAAUCACUGUUGAAAGCGGUUCAAUGGGUGCAAAUGAAUGGUUGGAGGAAGAUACAUCUGGAAGGGGACUACUCAAAUGCGAUAUCAGCUAUUAAUGGAAAGACAACAACAAUAAAAUGGACAACACAAAAUCUUGUCCAAGAUACUCUUAAUAUUCUCGGUUCUUUUGAGUUUUGGGUUUGCACUUAUGCACACAGAGAUGCAAAUCACAUAGCAGAUUCUCUAGCAAAGUAUGCAAGAACUCAGUCUAUUUGCUUUAGUUGGUUUAAUAAUGAGCCUGCUUGGAUAAAAACACUGAUCCAGCAUGAUCAAAAUACUAUGUAA